AUGCUCGUGAGCAACAAUAACGAGGCGGCCCUCGCAGUGGCCAAUCGCCCACCAGACACCAAAAAGCAGGGUCGGAAUCAUCGAUCGCAGAUGAUACCGGUCGCUGUUGUAGAUGAAGAAAUGAAGACUAAGCAGCACGGACUCGUUGUAGGUCCGAAGCAUCCGUUAGUGCACGAAUUGACGGCAAUGUUACGACUGAAGCGUCCCGCUGUCUCGUCGAAUGAAGACGAUAACGCUUCAGCUUACGAGUACGAUGACCUGCCAAUACUCGAGAGUAACCGCACAUCGUGUUGCACGCCUCGAGAUCCGGUCAUUAUCACCGCUUCAACGGUGGAUGAGCCAAUGGAUCGGUUCAGUGAUAGCGUGCCGGAAGGAGAGCUGCAUGUCUGGGUGUACGAAGCUCGUGAGCUCUCGGCUCCAUGGUCAUUGACCGAUACAAUGUACAAGGAACACGGUCUUCGAGUCAGGUGUGGACUGUUAGGAGCUAUGCAAGAAUCGCCGUGCAAUAUUUCAGGGAACAAGAAGAAUCCGGUGUGGCGUGACGCCGAUAACAAGACUCGUGACGAAUUGGGCGGAUACUUUGCAUGGGCGUUAGGUCAGCCGGAAGAAACGGCAGGCGACCGACUAAGCCGAGGAGUAGAGGCCAGUGAGUGCAAACUAGAGAUUGAUGUCAUUUGUGGCGAACGCAUUGUCGGUUUAGCGAGUGUGGCACUAGAAGACUUGCUGCUUUCGUCCAAGGAUCGUGCAUUCGAGGAAGAUGCAUUGGAAAGUAGAGGCUCGAAGGUUGUUCGUCUGAGUCCGCAUUGGCUACCGCUUGUAGGCAACAAUUCAGGCUCACUACAGAUCUCGCUUGAUUUCAUCCCUGUCCCGAAUCAAAUGCUGCGCGGUUCUUCUAGAAGUGUCAGUCUUGUUAACUCUAGUCCGGAGGUGUCAGACGAACAUGAUGCGGACAAUCAAGCCAACGAUGGAGUUGCUGGGCAGUGGAAGUCUCGUUUUCCUCGCAACUUUGUGAAAGGCCGUCCAGCCGUCCCUUGGCUCGACCAAUGUCAUGAUGCUUUCCAACUGGAUACGGAAGACGAAGCUAGUUCUAGUAGUAACGUGAUUGUAUCGCGAAGUGGCGGUGUCACAAUGUACAUUCCGACACAAGUAGCAAGUACGCCACCAAAAGCCACGACUGUUGGAAGCCUACCAUUAGCUUCAAAACCAUCCAUCUUGUCGUUUGGUCAAUCUUCUACCGAAAAGUGUGACGAAGUAAUGGAUAAGCAGCUCUGGGACUUGUACUACUUUGGCAUUGCAGACGAAGCCAGGAAUAAACAAGACCCAGAAGAUUUUACUUGUACAAUGGCCAUGACGUCGGAUCAUUCAGCUGGGGUUUUUAAUGUGCCAUCACGCCCAGAAGCCUCUAGCUAUUGUCGUCAGGAAAGUACGUGUGUCAGUGAUGUUUUGGCUUACAACGAGCUCAUUCAAGAUAUGGAAAGUGCAAUGAAGUCGAUGGAAGACACGGCACCUUCUUCUAGAACCGAUUCAAAUCAAGGACACGCGGAGGAUCAAUCUAAAAUGGAGACGACGGGAGUCAAAAGCCCGACAUCAAAGCUUCAUCUUAAGAUGCGUCGGAUUCACAAGCCGAAUCUGAACUUCAGCAAGCCUCUCGACCGCAUCCACUCAUUAUGGCACGAUGCAAAGGCUCGUGCAAGCAACAGCUCCGACACAAGCAAUGAUAGUAUCUCUUCUAAAGAGCGCAGUCCAGGGAGAACAAAGGAUAGAUGCUGGAGCAGCAGCAAUACUAGUCCGUUGGCAUUUCGUUCACGCAGUAAAACUCCUUCUCCAUCAAGAAAAGAGGGCGUUGUCCUCGUCGAUCCUCAAAAUCUAUUUGUGAGGUUUCCGUAUCAGCGCUCGGCUUCGCGUGACGAAGCAACAACCAAAGCGAAGCGAGAACGACGAACUGCUGAAGAUGAACCAAGACGUCGAUCUCUUCCAAUCAACAUAUUUUCGCUGCAACAUCGGCAAGAGAUGCUCUUACAGCAGCAGCACCGAAAACGUCUACCAAAGCAACAAUUGGAGGGUCCACGUGAUCUACAACCUUUUCUAUUGGAAAGUGUUGAUCCUCCACUUUUAAGUCGUGAUCGAAGCAACACGCUCCACUCAAUGACGGAUUUGUUCCUUCCAAAAACUGGAGACAUGCACGGCGUUCAAGUCACAACUCCUGUCAGGGCAGCUAGCCCAGCUUCGAGUCGUUCUAUACGAGGAGCAGCCAAAAGAACGACAACACGUCGCCACUCAGGCAGCAAUGUGGUCUAUAUCAAUGGUUCUCCGUUGUGUGUUGGCAAGUUUAUCAACGUCGGCAAUGUACCAGGUGUGGUGCGCUUCAUUGGCACUACGCGGUUUGCAACUGGCACGUGGGUAGGCAUUGAGCUCUACGAACAAAAAGGCAAGAACAGCGGCACAAUUAAUGGAGAACAAUACUUCAGCUGUGCACCAAACCAUGGUAUUUUCAUUCGUGCCAGCCGCUUGUGCCUUUCACUGCAGUGA